UCUACUUUAGUUUGGUCUUGGUGGCAGCAGAAAAGUGUUUUGUUGUGAGCCUUAUGUUUGGAACUGCAUACGUGCACGAAUUGGCAGCAAGGAACGGGAGAGAACAAGUCAGCUCUUUUCUUGUUGCCUUCUUUUUCUUCGAAUCAAACCCUUCAACUCAAAAGUUUCGUGCAUGAUUUUAUAUAGUUCACGGGACAUCUGGUUUCAACUCACGAGGCCUAUAAAUGGGUCUUUGCUUUUUGGUUAGAAGUUUUGAACUUGAAGACAAAUGUGCCUUCUCAUCAAUAAAUAAAUAAAGAGAAUAAAAAGGGAAGUUGAUCAAAGAGAGGAAUGGAGGAGAUGAGAGGGGCUCGACAAGGCGGGAGCAGUCUUGUGAAGGAGUUCUCACCUGCCUACUAUGGGCUUUGUGCCGUUGGAGGCAUGCUCAGCGCCGGUACCACUCACCUCGCUAUCACUCCUCUUGAUGUUUUAAAAGUCAAUAUGCAGGCGAAUCCAAUCAAGUAUAACAGUAUUUUGUCAGGGUUCUCUACCCUCUUGAAAGAACAAGGCCCUUCUUCCCUUUGGAGAGGCUGGUCUGGCAAGCUCUUUGGAUAUGGUGUUCAAGGUGGCUGCAAAUUUGGCCUUUACGAAUACUUUAAGAGGCUUUACUCAGAUGUCUUGAUGGAUCAAAACAGGAAUUUCGUAUUCUUUCUCAGCAGUGCAUCUGCUCAAGUAUUUGCCGACGUGGCUCUUUGUCCAUUUGAAGCUGUAAAAGUUCGUGUCCAAACACAGCCUACAUUUGCCAAUGGCUUGGCUGAUGGGUUUCCAAAACUCUAUAAAGCUGAAGGUCUCACUGGUUUUUACCGAGGACUUGUCCCACUUUGGGGCCGCAACCUUCCAUUCUCAAUGGUAAUGUUUACAACAUUUGAGCAGUCAGUUGACCUAAUAUAUCGCAACGUUAUUCAACGGAGAAAAGAAGACUGCUCCAGAAGUCAACAGCUUGGUGUGACAUGUUUGGCUGGCUAUGUAGCUGGAGCUGUUGGUACUGUGAUUUCUAAUCCAGCUGACAAUGUUGUUACCUCUCUUUACAAUAAAAAGGCUGAGAAUGUGCUUCAGGCUGUGAAAAAUAUUGGACUAGCUAACCUUUUCACUCGAAGUCUUCCUAUUCGGAUCGCAAUCGUGGGGCCUGUUGUUACUUUGCAGUGGUUCUUCUAUGACACCAUCAAAGUAUCAAGUGGACUGCUUAGAGCAGAAACCCACGAAAGCUUAAGAACUUGAGAGAAAAAGAAGAAAGAUAAGGUCGUGCAUGCCUCGAUCUAAAUCCAGCUGAGAGGUGACUGUCCUAUUGUCUGGAAGACGUUGGUAGAUGGAUGAUGAUGUCAGAAAAAUGAUGCUUGCACCAGAUGGGCCUUACCUAGUUAGCCAGGAUUGUUUGAUUGACGAAGUCAACUUGGCCAACUAGGAUGCAAUGUGCCAAUUUCCCACUUACCAUCACCUCCUCCCCAGUUGACCAUCUCUCAAACCAGUUGGAAUUCAACUUUUCUGCUUAAUAAUUUUCAAAUGGCUGGCCAGUCACUCGUUCACACUGACCAUGCCAAGCUAGAGGAGAAAAGAUGAGAAAUUUUGGAAUAACAAUCCCAUUUACUUUGACAAAAUGAUGGCUUCAAGCGAUGGGUGUCAACUUGGCCUCAACAAAAGAGAGCCAAAUCCUAAAUACGAGUACUAACUACUAGUAGAUACAAUCAUCACGUUGAUAGCUUUGUGUAAAUCUUUUAUUUUUAUUUAAAGUUCCAAGUUCUGACCGCUCCACGCUCCCCCAGAAUCCAAAGUCGAAAGAAAUGAUAUACAAUUAGCUAGUCUUAUCCUAUCUUUUGUGGAUAAUAGGCAGGUAAAUUGCUCAUAAAUAAAAAUGAUACAGUCAAUAAAAAAACCCUGAAAGUUAACGCUAAGAGAGAAAUGAGUGUCUAAAUUUAGAACUUGCAAGGCUAAGUUUAUCUUUCCUCAAUGUAGCUGCAACAUUUUGACCAGACCAAUCUUAAAAAAGAAAACACAAAAUUCCAUGUUGUCAGAGAAGAUCCACUAUCUCAACAGCACGUGAGAAUGACGCACCAAUCAAGUAUAUUCGGGGAGCCAGCGAGACUUUUACUCUCCAAGCACAACCCACCAUGGGAUUGUUGUGCUGAGGUCAAUAAACUUUUUGGUUGGUUAGCUUUUCCUGGAAGGAAAUUGUGUAAUAAUAGGCAGAGAUAGAGGGGGGAUGAGGGUAGAAUUAUUAUCCUUGAAAAAAAAAAAACAAGAAAAAUGGAGGAAAUUAAAGAAAACUGUUCUGUAGCAAUGACUUGAUUGAAUGGUAAAAACAAAAGAAAACCAAAAAUGUAAAGCCGCGUACCCUUUCUUCCACCAAAAAAAUAUUAAAAAAAAAAGAGA